UUUCAGACGGUCAUCCACCUCUGACUCAGCCAAUGAAAAGGGCCCAGUGCCUGACAAAGAGCUGCUUGGCGUUCUUAGUUUAUCUUAUCCCUAUCUGAAAAGCAAACUUUGAUUAUUGCUGAGCUGCACGCGGACUGCACAGCACCCAGGCCCGGAUCAUGCACACCAAAGGCAAUACCUGCUGCUGCUCCUUUGAUGACUAUAAGCUGACCACAGAAUGGCUGCUGAGCAAGACGCGGCACAGGCCCAAGAUCGCCGUCAUCUGCGGCUCAGGGCUCGGCCUUCUCGCUGACUGCGUCACCAACAAGCAGAGCUUCUGCUACAAGGACAUCCCCAACUUCCCCGUGAGCACAGUUCCUGGCCACGAGGGGUGCCUGGUGUUUGGGUAUGUGAAGGACAAGUCUUGUGUCUUCAUGCAAGGCAGAUUUCACCUUUAUGAGGGGUAUUCAUCAUGUAAGGUCACGUUCCCCGUGAGGAUAUUCAAGCUGAUGGGAGUGGAGACCAUUAUUGUGACGAAUGCUUCGGGAGGCCUGUGUCAGGACUUCAAAGUGGGAGACAUUAUGAUCAUUAAGGACCACAUUAACUUGCCGGGCUUCGCCGGACAGCACCCGCUGUGUGGGCCCAAUGAUGAACGGUUUGGGAUCCGAUUCCCGUGCAUGUCGGACGCCUACAGCAAAGAACUUCGGAAGCUGGCCCUGGACAUCAGCGCCGAGCUGGGCUACUCCAACUUUGUCCGAGAGGGCGUCUACUGCAUGGUCAGCGGGCCGAACUUCGAGACCAUCGCAGAGGCCCGAAUGCUGCAGGUCCUGGGGAGCGACUCUGUGGGCAUGAGCACGGUUCCCGAGGUGACGGUGGCCAAGCACUGCGGACUGCGCGUGUUCGGACUCUCCCUCAUCACCAACCAGGUGUCGCUGGACUACAGCCGGGAGGAGAAGGUCAACCACGAGGAGGUCCUGCAGAUCAGCAAGAUGAGGGCUGAGAUGCUCCAGAAGGUUGUGAACACCCUCAUAGCCCGGUCCCACCAGGUUGAUGGAAUCAACAGUAACUAGACCCCCCA